UUGAAGGCCUAGCCAAGGGCUUGGCUUCCCUGUUUGCACGGAGACUGUCAAGAAUUUAAGGUCAUCCGCAGCUGAAUUUUCGAGGUGGCUUGCAGAAACUGGAAAGGAGAAAGCCUGGAACCUGGGGGAAUCCCUUACCGGCUGGCUUUUCCCACUUUUUACUUUUGUUCCCUUUAACCCCUCAACGAUGAAACCAUGAGUAGAGGAUCUGAAGUCCACAUUUUUUGGGGUGCUCCAAUUGGCCCAUUGAAAAUGAUAGUAUCACAGGAACCAACUUCUUUAGUGUCCAGUGCUACUCCCUGGAAAAAAAUUCAGCUUUUAUACAAUCAACAUUCUUUACAUCUGAAGGAUGAAAAAUGCAAGAACGAAAAUCUUGAAGAUUUUCAAGUCCUAGAAACUACUGGCCCUCCAGAUCUUCCUAAUGGUCAUUUCUCAGCAAACUCAAUGAAUAGAUCUGUUCAUGUGAAGGAUGACUUUAUACAUUGUGUUUCUGAAACACAGACUCAAAAAUUCCAGAUGAGUCAUCCCUUAUGGAUGAGUGAUAAAACUAACUCUGAUGUCCAGCUAUGUGCAUGUAAGGGCAGAGUGCAGCAUUUAACUGAAGAAGAAAAGUAUCAAAAGCUUUUCAGUGUAAGUAAGAAAAUCACAGUUGAACAGCAUGAAGAUCAAUUAAAUAUAUGUGGUCAAAAUGUCCAAAAAAAUAUCUUUCAGUUAGACCAUAAGUGUGCAGCUAUAUUGGAUUUGGUCUGUAGUACUAAACAGAUUAAUAUAGGGUCAGGAGCUAUUGAAACAACAUAUAUAACAACAGAACAUCAAGAAAUACAAAACCAAUGUCUGGAAAAGAAUUCCUCUAACACAGUAGAUAAGCCAAGGCCUGAAGGAGCAGUUAGGAAGGCCUCAGACCUUAAAGUAUCUACUGAUACUGAAUUUCUCAGUAUAAUGACCUCCAGCCAACUAGCUUUUUUAACUCAAAGGAAGUAUAAAGGGGGUAAUUCUAUAAAUAAAGGGAGGUUAAACAUGGAGCUUGGAUCAGAAGCAAGUCUUGGGGAAAUAAAAAUAACUGAAGAUAAUUUGAUUCAGCCUGAUGAUGCUUUUGUAGAAAGAUAUGAAAGUAGACAAAACCAAGCAUAUUCCCUUGAAGUUUUUAGUCCUGUUUUUCCUGAAACAAGGAGUAGUCACAUUCAUAUAAACUGUGAUAAAGGCUUUGAAGGAAAUAUGAGAUCUCAAGAACUUUUUAAUUUUGAAGAUAAACUGCCAUCAAAUGAUAUAUGUAUUGAGUCGUGUACCUCAGGAAUACUGUGCUCCCAAAUAAAUGCUUUCCACAAAAAUUCUGUUAAAAGAAAUUGGAUCUCUGAAGAUAAACUGAGCCAUCUUAAAGUCUUCCAAGUUUCUAAAAAAAUUAAGUUGGUUUCUAAUGAAGGAGAUCCUACUACAAGGGACCAGAGGAGUGUGUCUAAAUUUAAGGGUAUUAAAAAAACAUCAUUAAUAAAAGAUUGUAAUUCUAAAAGUCAGAAGUAUAAUUGUUUAGUCAUGGUAUUAUCUCCAUGUCAUGUGAAAGAAAUAAAUACAAAAUCUGGACCAAAUUCUGGCUCUAAGGUGCCUUUAGCAACAAUUGUGAUAAUUGACCAAUCAGAAAUUAAAAAGAAAGUUUUUCUGUGGAGGACUGCGGCAUUUUGGGCACUUACACUGUUUCUUGGAGAUAUAAUUUUACUUACAGAUGUUAUUAUUCAUGAAGGUCAUUGGAUUGGUGAGACAAUACUACAAUCAACAUUUACCAGUCAAUUAUUAAAUCUUGGGAGUUAUUCAUCUGUCCAGCCUGAAGAAUAUUCCAGUAUAGUCAGUGGUGUUGUACUUCAAGACUUACUGGCAUAUGUAUCUUCAAAACAUUCCUAUCUCAGAGAUCUUCCUCAGAGGCAGCCUCAGAAAAUGAGCAGUAUAGAAUUUGUAGAAUUGGAGCAGCUUCAGCCUGACAUGUUAGUCCAUGCAGUACUAAGAGUCAUUGAUAUCACUAUACUGACAGAGGCAUUAUAUAGUUAUAGAGGAGAGAAGCAAAGGAAAGUUAUGUUAACAGUGGAACAGGCCAAAGGUCAACAUUAUGUACUUAUAUUAUGGGGUCAUGGAGCAGCCUGGUAUCCUCAACUUCAAAGGAAGAAAGAUUAUAUUUGGGAAUUUAAAUAUCUUUUCGUUCAGCGCAAUUGCAUCCUAGAAAACCUAGAAUUACAUACAACACCUUGGUCAUCCUGUGAGUGCCUGUUUGAUGAUGAUAAAAGAGUAAUUUCAUUUAAAGCAAAAUUUCAAAAAAGCAUGCCCUCUUUUGUGAAGAUAUCAGACUUAGCAACACACCUGGAGGAUAAAUGUUCAGGAGUGAUUCUAAUCAAAGCCCAGAUUUUAGAACUAGUGUUUAAUAUUAUAGCAGAUCAGAAAAUAGUUAUAAAUGCUCAUAGUUCUCUGAAGAGCAUUUUCUCUUCUCUUCCCAACAUUACGUAUACUGGCUGUGCAAAAUGUGGAUUGGAACUAGAAACAGAUGAGAACAAGAUCUACAAACAGUGUUUUAGCUGCUUGCCAUGUACUAUGAAGAAAAUAUACUAUAGGCCAGCUUCAAUGACCAUAGUUGAUGGAAUCCACAAGGUUUGCAUCCACGUGGGAUCAAAGCUGAUAGAGAAGAUUCUUCUAAACAUUUCUUCUGACGGGCUGAGCAGAGUUAUAGGAUUUUUAUGGUUUUGUGACUUAAAUUUAAGUCUUUUUCUCCAAAACAUAAAAUCCCCUUCCUCAGAGAUCACCUACGGCAUGGUUGCAGCAGACUUGUUCCACUCCCUGCUGGCAGGUGGCGGUGCACCUUGUGUAGUGAAGGUGCAAAGCCUCUUUGUGUUAGAUGAAAACAGCUACCCAUUGCAACAAGAUUUCUCCCUACUGGAUUUUUUUCCUGAUGGUGUAAAGCAUGCAUCCUAUGCCCUUCCCUGAGACCAGAUGAAGAAACUGCAAGAACUUUAAGGAAGACAACUGAAAUGAUUUGUUUUUUGAAACAAAUGAAUGACAGGGCUUUUGCCUGGGGUUUUUAAAUAUACAGGUGUGGGCAAAAGUAGGCCUACAGUCGUUCCUGUGCAAAAUAAAUAAAAUAUAAUAAUACAAGAAUAAACUGUUUUAUAUACUCACAGCUAUAAACCUACUUUUGCCCAUCCCUGUAUUUUAU